CCUGCCGGAAGUUAAGGAUUUCUCCCACCCUCACCUCUAGCUUGUCAGUGGGCGUGGCCCACGCCCUUCCGGGCGGUCGGGGGUGACCGAAGGCCGCGUUCUGGUGUGGUGAGGCCGGUGAGCCCCGCCAUGCCCCGGUAUUAUGAGGACAAGCCGGAGGGCGGCGCGUGCACGGGCGUGAAGGAGGAUCUGGGUGCAUGUCUGCUGCAGUCGGCCUGUGUGCUCCAGGAAGGAAAAUCCCCACGGCAGUGUCUGAAGGAAGGCUAUUGCAGAGCUCUGCAGUAUUCCUUUUUUGAGUGUAAAAGAUCAAUGUUGGAUGCCAGAUCAAGAUUCAGAGGAAGAAAAGGAUAUUGAUAGCAUUAUGCUGAACGCAAGAUGAAAAUUACCCAGGAUUUUCUCUGGUCCUCAGCAGAAAAGAACCAAGAUGGGAAGCACAGUAGCUCCUGCAUGUUCGAUGCCUGGGCCAGGUGUUCCUCCCAAGAACACCAGAGAAAAUGGAUCAAUGCUGUUUCUGAAUGAUUCUUCUGGUUGACGUCAUUUAUAGAAGGUCCAUGGGACUAAACAACUAUGAGCUAAGAACUUAAUAUGUUUUGGGAAUUGCUUAAUGGGUAGAUUCUGUCCAAGGAUGACUCUUCAAUCGGAUUACACAGUUUGUGCAUCCAGGAGGCCACAUGAGAUGGGCAUAGAUAGCAACACAGAACCUGUCGUUAGCCUCCCCCAACUCUUGUUUCUUUUUCUUGGUUUCAAUUUUAGGCUAGUCAUUUCCUUAUAAAGGGGUGAUAUCAGCCACAAUCCACAUCCUCAAGAUCUGGGCUCUAAAAAGCAGAGUAUGAGCUGCCUCACAAAUCACACCCUGCUGAAGAACUCUAGUCUUUUCUGGGUCAUAUGCUCCUGCUCCAUCCUUGAUGAUCUUGGCUAGAUCCUGGUUGCAUGUACUGUGCUGACACUAUUUACAGUCACAUAGGAUGAGUUAUGGGCCUCAUCCCUAAACACUGGAAUGCAGCAAAUGGGAAAAACAGAUGUUCACUCUAGAUAGCAAAUGUCAGUGACAUGAAGUGGCUGAAAAGUUAAGAAUUCUCGUCAUUUUAUUUUGACCACUUAACACAGUAGAGAGCCACCAGGGCACUAAAUCUCCAGUGUGAUUCUUGCCAUCGAACAGGGAGUCAUAGCUUCUAUAUCGUUCUGUAGUUCUCUGGGGCUAAAGCAGUGUGGGAUGGGGGAGUUCACUUGCUGUUUUAAAAGUUUUGAAGCCCUGAGAAUUCCCUAGGGUGUCCCUGAGGUCUGCUCUCUGUACUGCCCCCACAGAGAGUAGGAGGUACUGCAGCCUUCUGCUCUCUGUACUGCCCUCACUGGGAGGAGGAGGUACUGCACCCUUCUGCUCUCUGUACUGCCCCCACUGAGAGUGGAGUUACUGCACCCUUCAGUCCUAUGGCCUGUGUCCCAAGCUUGGUGUCUGUGUGCAGUGUGGAGGAGUGCGCUUUCUGCAUGCUAGGAAGCUUGACCACUGAGCCACACCUCCCACUAGUGCUUUAAUUUCAACCGAGAGUAAAAUGUGUUGGUAUGAAAUGCCUCCAUUUGACUAGAUAUAGCUUUAUUUGGAGGAAGUCAUAAUGUCUCCUAAUUGAACCUUGAAUUAUACAAUCCCAUAGAUUUUAGAGUGUUUGUGAAGCAUGCAGCAGUUACCACAAUCUACUUCCAGAACAGUCUCAUCCUUUCCAGAAACUUAACUCAUUAGCACUGUGCCCUCCUUCCCUCUAUUCCAGAUCUGUUAGAUGAGUGGAACUAUCUAGUCCGGUCUUUUCUGAGUCCUGCUACCAAGUUUUACAGGUUAUUCUCGUGUAGCAUCAGUCUGUAACGUAGUUCUGCUGAGUAGCAAGCAUAGUAGGUAGACACAGUAGAACAGACGCCCUGUGUUUCUCCAUCGAGCAGAGGAGCUCUAAGCUGUUUCUGCUUUGGGGCUUUUGACUAAUGCUAUGAACAUCGGUGGUGGCGCACACCUUUAAUCCCAGCACUUGGGAGGCAGAGGCAGGUGGAUUUCUGAGUUCGAGGCCAGCCUGUCUACAGAGUGAGUUCCAGGACAGCCAGGGAUACACAGAAAAACCCCGUCUUGAAAAACCAAAAAAAAAAAAAAAGUUCAAAAUGUUUCAUUUAGAGUGGAGCUCCAGGGGUGUAUUCUGACAGCCUCAGUUAUAUUUUCUACAAUGGUUUUAUCACCAUUUAAUUCUCUCAAUGAGAUCUAGGCUCCAGCACCCUUAUCACAACUGUUCAUAUUGCUGACAGACAUUCUGCUUGGUGUGAAGAGGCAUGUAAUUGGGAUCUUGGUUUGCAUUUCUCUAACGUCUCAUAACCUGAGCAUUUCUCAUGUGGCCAUUGGCUUUCUAUGCUGCCUUUGCAGAAUGGUUCAGUCUACAGUCUGGCUCUCAGUUGGGUUAUCUUUUUACUUUCCUGUAAGAUUUUGUAUUUACUAUUAACUCAUCUCUUAAACAUUAAUUGGCAUUUUUUUUCUCAACUUUGGUCUGUCCUUUUCAAUGAAGUACAGUUUUUAUUUUUAUACAUUGCCUUUCUGUGUCUUAGCCCAGGCUGGCCAGGAAUCCCCAAAGCCUUGAGCACAGAGCUAGCAUUUUCAGCGCUGCACUUCCCAGAAGACACACACCACUUGCUCUUGGCCAGAACAGUGCAGUACAGUUGGCCUGCAUCACCAUUCUGCAUCCACCUCAGGAAAUGCACAGUAUGCCCAUGUAAUGACUCCCAGCCACUCCCAGGUCACCCUACCCUGUCCUUGGCAUACUCUCUCCUUCUGAAUUUGAGUACCCUAAGUGCCUGGUAUUAGUGAACUCUUUGUGUGUGUGCGCGAGUAUGCGUGUGUUUGUGUGUGUGUGUGUGUGUGUAUGUUAUCAGAGUUUCCUUCCUUUGUAAGGACAAAUAAUAUUUUAGUGUAUGUUGUAUGUAUAUUGUAUGUAUCUUGUAUGUAUCUUGUUACCUACUCAUCCAGCCGUGGGUACCUUGGUUGUUCCCACCCUGGAGCUCCUGACCAUGCUGUGAACAUGUAUAUACAAAUACCCCUAGGGCCCUGCAUUCAGUCUUAGUGUAUGUCAUACAGAUUGUAGGUCAUAGGGUAAUUGUUUUUAUUAGUAGGUACUGCCAUAGUUUCCAUAGCAGCCACACUAUUUUAUGUUCCUGUCAGCAGUCCACAGAGAUUAGAACUGCCUAGUCUUUGUGAAUCUUAUGCUUUUUUUAGUGGCCAUUCUAGUAGGCGUUAAGAUCUACCAUCUUCUGCUGCCUAGUUCCCUGACUAUUGAUGUCAUGUGUUCUAUAUGCUUGGUGGCCUUCUUUAUAUAUCAUUUGAAGAAAUCUUUCUAGGUCCUCUGCCUAUUAAUAGUUAGGUUGUUUACUUUGGUUGAAUUUUUAGUAGUCAUAUCCACAAAAGCAUUGGCCUACCCAAGGGAGCUGACUAUAGCCUGCCCUGGGAAUUUGAGUUUUAGCUCUUAGCUUUGCUCUUUGCUGAUUUUGAGUUAUUCUUUGUGUGUGAUAUAAGCUGACUUUCUACUGUUCACAUGUGGAAAACUAGCUUUGCAUGUUGCCCUUUGAUGGGAAAACAUCUCGCCAUGCGUGGUGGGGCUGCUUCUGAGCCCAUUCUCUCUUGCAGCUUCUGUCUAUCUUCAUGCUGACACCACUGCUUUAAUUACUGGAGAAUUAUAAUAAAAGUUUGAAAUCAGAAAGUGUUUGUUCUAUAAUAAAAGUUUGAAAUCAGAA